UUGUCACUGAUGUUGCAGUUGGUGUCAAGAGAGGAUCUGACGAACUUCUUUCAGGCAGUGUACUCAAUAGCCCGAACUCUAACAUGAGCAGCAUGGUAGUUACUGCCAAUGGUAAUGACAACAAGAAAUUCAAAGGUGACGAUAAAAUGGAUGGGGCUCCUUCUCGUGUUCUUCACAUCAGGAAAUUGCCUGGGGAAGUGACAGAAACAGAAGUUAUUGCUUUAGGUUUACCUUUUGGUAAAGUAACCAACAUCCUGAUGCUAAAAGGGAAAAAUCAGGCAUUUUUGGAACUUGCUACAGAAGAAGCAGCUAUCACUAUGGUUAAUUACUAUUCAGCUGUGACACCUCAUCUUCGUAACCAGCCUAUCUAUAUCCAGUAUUCCAAUCAUAAAGAGCUGAAGACUGAUAACACACUUAACCAGCGGGCCCAAGCUGUUCUUCAGGCAGUGACGGCUGUACAGGCAACAAAUGCUCCCAUUAGUGGGACCGCUGUUAGUGAGAGUGCAGUGACUCCAGCUCAGAGUCCAGUACUUAGAAUAAUUAUUGACAAUAUGUACUACCCAGUAACCCUGGAUGUUCUUCAUCAGAUAUUCUCUAAAUUUGGUGCUGUGUUGAAGAUAAUCACAUUCACAAAGAAUAACCAGUUUCAAGCUUUACUGCAAUAUGGCGAUCCAGUAAAUGCACAGCAAGCAAAACUAGCCUUAGAUGGUCAAAACAUAUAUAAUGCUUGCUGUACCCUGCGGAUUGAUUUUUCCAAAUUGGUGAAUUUGAAUGUCAAGUACAACAACGAUAAAAGCAGGGACUACACUCGUCCUGAUCUUCCAUCUGGAGAUGGACAGCCAGCACUGGACCCAGCAAUUGCUGCAGCAUUUGCAAAGGAGACAUCUCUUCUAGCUGUUCCAGGAGCUCUGAGUCCUUUGGCUAUUCCAAAUGCUGCUGCUGCAGCUGCAGCUGCUGCUGCUGGCCGUGUGGGAAUGCCUGGAGUUUCAGCUGGUGGCAAUACCGUCCUCUUGGUUAGCAAUUUAAAUGAAGAGAUGGUUACGCCCCAAAGUCUGUUUACCCUCUUCGGUGUUUAUGGUGAUGUGCAGCGUGUGAAGAUUUUAUACAAUAAGAAAGACAGUGCUCUUAUACAGAUGGCUGAUGGAAACCAGUCACAGCUGGCCAUGAGCCAUCUGAAUGGACAAAAAAUGUAUGGAAAGAUUAUUCGGGUUACCCUUUCCAAACAUCAGACAGUACAACUACCUCGAGAGGGACUUGAUGACCAAGGGCUGACUAAAGAUUUUGGUAACUCACCUCUGCAUCGCUUCAAAAAACCUGGUUCAAAGAACUUUCAAAAUAUAUUCCCUCCUUCUGCGACACUUCAUCUGUCCAAUAUUCCACCAUCAGUAGCAGAAGAUGAUCUACGCACAUUGUUUGCUAACACUGGAGGCACUGUGAAAGCAUUUAAAUUUUUUCAAAGAGAUCACAAGAUGGCCCUUCUUCAGAUGUCAACAGUAGAAGAAGCUAUUCAGGCUUUGAUUGAUCUUCACAAUUAUAAUCUGGGAGAAAAUCACCAUCUGAGAGUUUCUUUCUCCAAGUCAACUAUUUAA